CAAUAAAGACAGUGGUAUCGCCUAGUCUAUCCUCUAUAUAAAAGCAGAAUAGGCACAGGAGAAUGCCAAUCCUGCAGAGUCGUGUGUGUGCCAACAUAUCUUAAAUUGCAUGAAUACAAUACAGACAAUAUGCAGGCAUUUAUAGUAACUAUUGUGCUGCUUCUAUCAGCCACCUUCUCAGCCUCAUUCCAAUUAGAAGGAGGGUAUGCUAUCAGUAACAGAGCUGAUGCAAUGUCAACUUGUAAACUAAAGAGUGGUCUGUGCCCUGAUCUAGUAUGCGCCUCUAAUGAAAUUCAACUGACCCUAAAGGUAGACAUGCUAAAAGACAUGGAUGUGAAUAUUGCACAGAUCCAUCUGCGGGAUAGAAGAUGUACUGGAUUUGCCUAUAAUGAUGACUCUGUAUUUAUAAAGUGGGCACUGGGAAAAGACAUUUGUGGAACCGAGCUAAUUGUGACGGACACCCAUGCAAUUUAUAUUAAUUACGUUUACUUGCCACCAGAUCCUGCUGCAAUUAUCUAUAGAGAGAAUUAUGUCUUAAACGUCAGCUGCUCGUACCCAUUAAAUGUGAAUGUUUCUCUUGAUGACAUUUUGUUUCCUGACGUAAGCACCACCUAUAUACCGAUUGGAGAUAGUGGACGGUUUAAGGUGAUGAUGUCUAUCUACAAAGAUAUCAGCUAUACAACUCCAUAUACUGAUCCUAUUAUACGCUUGUCGACCAAAUCAAAUUUAUAUGUUGGCGUGUAUAUAUCUGAUGGUGGUAAUCCGGUUGCUAUUAGUGACUUUAGUCUUCUGAUGAUAAAUUGCUACAGUACCCCAACUAACAACAAAUAUGACCCUAUUAAGUACAACAUCAUAAUUACCAGCUGCCCUAACCCAAAAGACACAAGUAUACGGAUUUUAGAAAAUGGUAUUUCCAGCCAAGGAAAAUUCUACUUACAGAUGUUUAAGUUCAUUGGGGAUUAUAGUGUUGUGUAUUUGCAUUGUGAAGUAUACCUUUGCAAAGAUAGAUGUUCUCCUACUUGUUCUGGAAUCAGAUCUAGAAGUGAUAUUCAAGAGACACAUGGAACUCUGACGCUUGGACCUAUUGAAGUGCCAGAUGCCGAUGUCGUUGAAGGUGAUGAUCGUGUUAUUGGUCGCAGUGCUGGCACAGCUGCAAGAUUCAGUAUGAUUACAGUCCUUGGACUACUGCUGGCUAACAUAUGUAUUGCUUGAAAUACACACACAGUGUAUUCCUUUAAUUACAAUGUAAAAUGAUGAUCAAAAAAACUGUUAAGGCAUCAGUAAAUGCAAAAAUAAAUCUCUGCCUAUAAACAAAUAAACUUAUAAAUACA